AUGGACCUUAGAAAUACUGCUAUGUUAGGAUUGGGUUCUGAUUCCGAAGGAUUUUCAAGAAAGAGUCCCUCUGCCAUCAAUACUGGAACACUGGUCAGCAAUAGAGAAGCAGAGCUAGAAAACAACGCAAAGGAGGAAGAGGGACUUCGCAAAUGGAAUCGAGAAAGAAACAUUGAAUCAGGGAAAGAUGAUGAUUUGACUAAUGCACAGCAACAGUUUUCAGUAAAAGAAACAAACUUUUCAGAGGGAAACUUAAAAUUGAAAAUUGGCCUUCAGGCUAAGAGAACUAAAAAACCUCCAAAGAACUUGGAGAACUAUGUAUGUCGACCUGCCAUAAAAACAACUAUCAAGCACCCAAGGAAAGCACUUAAAAGUGGGAAGAUGACAGAUGAAAAGAAUGAACACUGUCCUUCAAAACGAGACCUUUCAAAGUUGUACAAGAAAUCAGGUGAUGUUUCAGCCAUUCAAUGCCAUUCUGAAGAAAGUAUCCAUCUUCAUUCACAGGGAGAAAACAAUUCUUUGUCCAAGAAGCUUUCUCCAAUACACUCAGAAAUGACAGAUUACAUUAAUGCAACAUCAUCUACUGUUGUUGGUAGCCGAGAUCCUGAUUUAAAGAACAAAACAUUACUUAAUGGAGGAACGAGCGUAACAGAAAAGUUGGCACACCUUAUUGCAACUUGUCCCCCCUCCAAGUCUUCCAAGACAAAACCGAAGAAGUUAGGAACUGCUACUACUAUUUCAGGAUUGGUUAGCAAGGAUUUGAUCAGGAAAGCAGGUGUUGGUUCUGUAGCUGGAAUAAUACAUAAGGACUUAAUAAAAAAACCAGCAAUCAGCACAGCAGUUGGAUUGGUAACUAAAGAUCCUGGGAAAAAGCAAGUGUUUAAUGCAACAGUAGGAUUGAUCAAUAAGGACUCUGUGAAAAAACUAGGAACUGGCACUACAGCGGUAUUCAUUAAUAAAGACUUAGGCAAAAAGCCAGGGACUAUCACUACAGUAGGACUGCUGAGCAAGGAUUCAGGAAAGAAGCUAGGAAUUGGUAUUGUUCCAGGUUUAGUGAAUAAGGAAUCUGGGAAGAAGUUAGGAUUUGGCACUGUAGUUGGACUGGUUAAUAAAGACCUGGGUAAGAAAUUGGGUUCUACUGUUAGCCUAGUGGCCAAGGACUGUGCAAAGAAGAUCGUAGCAAAUUCAACAAUGGGAUUAGUUAAUAAGGACAUUGGAAAGAAACUAGUGAGUUGUCCUGUAGUAGGACUGGUCAGUAAAGAUGCCCUAAACCUUAAAGCUGAAGCACUGCUCUCCACUCAGGAGUCAUUUAAGGCUUCUUGCACAAACAUCAAGAGUCAUGAAAGUCAGGAACUUUCUGAAUCCCUGAAAGACAGUGCCAACAGCAAAACUUUUGAGAAGAAUGUUAUUCGACAGAGUAAAGAAAGCAUAUUGGAAAAGUUCUCAGUUCGAAAAGAAAUCAUUAAUUUGGAGAAAGAAAUGUUUAAUGAAGGAACCUGCAUUCAGCAAGAUAGUUUCUCAUCCAGUGAAAGGGGGUCAUAUGAAACCUCAAAGCAUGAAAAGCAACCUCCCGUAUAUUGCACUUCUCCGGACUUUCAAAUGGGAGGCGCUUCUGAUGCAUCUACAGCUAAAUCCCCUUUUAGUGCAGUAGGAGAAAGCACUCUCCCCUCCCCAUCACCUACUGUAUCUGUUAAUCCUUUAACCAGAAGUCCCCCUGAAACUUCACUACACUUGGCUCCUAAUUCUUUACUUUUAAGUCCUACCACAGAACUAAUGGAAGAAAUUUCUGAAUCUGGUGGAAAGAACCAAUUUACUUCUGAAAGUGCCCACUUGAACAUUGGUCACAGGUCUGUGGGUCAUAGCAUGAAUAUUGAAUGUAAAGGGAUUGAUAAAGAGCUAAAUGAUUCAAAAACUACACAUCUAGAUAUUCCAAGAAUAAGCUCUUCUCUAGGAAAAAAGCCAAGUUUAACUUCUGAAUCCAGUAUUCAUACAAUUACUCCUUCAGUUGUUAACUUCACUAGUUUAUUUAAUAACAACCCUUUUCUAAAACUUGGUGCAGUAACUGCCUCUGACAAACACUGCCAAGUUGCUGAGAGCCUAAGCACUAGUUUGCAGUCCAAACCAUUAAAAAAAAGGAAAGGAAGAAAAGCUCGGUGGACUAAAGUGGUGGCAAGAAGCACAUGCCGGUCUCCAAAAGGGCUAGAAUUAGAAAGAUCAGAGCUUUUUAAAAAUGUUUCAUGUAGCUCACUAUCGAAUAGUAAUUCUGAGCCAGCCAAGUUUAUGAAAAACAUUGGGCCAUCUUCAUUUGUAGAUCAUGAUUUCCUUAAACGCCGAUUGCCAAAGUUGAGCAAAUCUACAACUUCAUCUCUUGCUCUCUUAACUGACAGUGAAAAGCCAUCUCAUAAGUCUUUUGCUACUCACAAACUAUCUUCCAGUAUGUGUGUCUCUAGUGACCUUUUGUCUGAUAUUUAUAAGCCCAAAAGAGGAAGACCUAAAUCUAAAGAGAUGCCUCAACUGGACGGUCCACCUAAGAGGACUUUAAAAAUCCCUGCCUCUAAAGUUUUUUCUUUGCAUUCUAAGGAAGAACAAGAACCUCCAAUUUUGCAACCAGAAAUUGAAAUUCCUUCCUUCAAACAAAGUCUGUCUGUAUCUCCUUUCCCGAAAAGGAGAGGCAGACCUAAGAGGCAAAUGAGGUCACCAGUCAAGAUGAAGCCACCUGUACUAUCAGUGGCUCCAUUUGUUGCCACCGAAAGUCCAAGCAAGCUAGAAUCUGAAAGUGACAACCAUAGAAGUAGUAGUGAUUUCUUUGAGAGCGAGGAUCAACUUCCAGAUCCAGAUGACCUAGAUGACAGUCAUAGGCCAACUGUCUGUAGUAUGAAUGACCUUGAGAUGGAACCAGGUAAAAAAAUCAAGAGAAACAAUGGACAAUUGAUGAAAACAAUUAUCCGCAAAAUAAAUAAAAUGAAGACUUUAAAGAGAAAGAAACUGUUGAAUCAGAUUCUUUCAAGCUCUGUAGAACCAAGUAAUAAAGGGAAAGUGCAAUCCAAACUCCAUAAUACAGUGUCAAGUCUUGCUGCUACAUUUGGCUCUAAAUUGGGCCAACAGAUAAAUGUCAGCAAGAAAGGAACCAUUUACAUAGGAAAGAGGAGGGGUCGAAAACCAAAAACUGUCUUAAAUGGCAUUCUUUCUGGUAGCCCUGCUAGCCUUGCUGUUCUUGAGCAAACAGCUCAGCAGGCAGGAUCAGCAUUAGGACAGAUCCUUCCCCCUUUACUGCCUUCAUCUGCUAGUAGUUCUGAGAUUCUUCCAUCACCUAUUUGUUCUCAGUCUUCUGGGACUAGUGGAGGUCAGAGCCCUGUAAGUAGUGAUGCAGGCUUUGUUGAACCCAGUUCAGUGCCAUAUUUGCAUUUACACUCCAGACAGGGCAGUAUGAUUCAGACUCUUGCAAUGAAGAAGGCCUCAAAAGGGAGGAGGCGAUUAUCUCCUCCUACUUUGUUGCCCAAUUCUCCUUCACAUUUGAGUGAACUCACAUCUCUGAAAGAAGCUACUCCUUCUCCCAUUAGUGAGUCUCAUAGUGAUGAGACCAUUCCCAGUGAUAGUGGAAUUGGAACAGAUAAUAACAGCACAUCAGACAGGGCAGAGAAAUUUUGUGGGCAAAAAAAGAGAAGGCAUUCCUUUGAGCAUGUUUCUCUGAUCCCCCCUGAAACCUCUACAGUUCUAAGCAGUCUUAAAGAAAAACAUAAACAUAAAUGUAAGCGCAGGAAUCAUGAUUACCUCAGCUAUGACAAGUUGAAAAGGCAGAAACGAAAACGGAAAAAGAAAUAUCCCCAACUCCGAAACAGACAGGAUCCAGACUUUAUUGCAGAGCUGGAGGAAUUAAUAAGUCGUCUUAGUGAAAUUCGAAUCACCCAUCGAAGUCAUCAUUUUAUCCCCCGAGACCUCCUGCCAACUAUUUUUCGAAUCAACUUUAAUAGUUUCUAUACACACCCUUCUUUCCCCUUAGAUCCUUUGCACUACAUUCGAAAACCUGACUUAAAAAAGAAGAGAGGGAGACCUCCUAAGAUGAGAGAGGCAAUGGCUGAAAUGCCUUUUAUGCACAGCCUUAGCUUUCCUCUUUCUAGUACUGGAUUCUAUCCCUCUUAUGGCAUGCCUUACUCUCCCUCACCCCUCACGGCUGCUCCCAUAGGGUUAGGCUACUAUGGAAGGUAUCCGCCCACUCUUUAUCCACCUCCUCCAUCUCCUCCUUUCACCACUCCACUUCCGCCUCCUUCCUAUAUGCAUGCUGGCCACUUACUUCUCAAUCCCACCAAAUACCACAAGAAAAAGCAUAAGCUGCUUCGACAGGAGGCCUUUCUUACAACCAGCAGGACUCCCCUCCUUUCCAUGAGUACCUACCCUAGUGUCCCUCCUGAGAUGGCCUAUGGUUGGAUGGUCGAGCACAAACACAGGCACCGCCAUAAACAUAGAGAACACCGUUCUUCUGAGCAACCCCAAGUUUCCAUGGACACUGGCUCUUCCAGAUCUGUCCUGGAGACUUUGAAACGCUAUCGAUUUGGAAAAGAUACUGUUGGAGAACGAUAUAAACAUAAGGAAAAGCACCGGUGUCAUAUAUCCUGCCCUCAUCUUUCUCCUUCAAAAGGUUUAAUAAAUAGAGAAGAACAGUGGAUCCACCGAGAGCCUUCAGAAUCUAGUCCAUUGGCCUUGGGAUUGCAGACACCUUUACAGAUUGACUGUUCGGAAAGUUCUCCAACUUUAUCCCUUGGAGGAUUCACUCCCAACUCUGAUCCAGCCAGCAGUGAUGAACAUACAAACCUUUUCACAAGUGCAAUAGGCAGCUGCAGAGUUUCAAACCCUAACUCCAGUGGCCGGAAGAAAUUAACUGAUAACCUUGGACUGUUUUCUGCACAGGACACUUCACUAAAUCGGCCUCACAGAAAGGAGCCACUGCCUUCCAGCGAAAGGACAGUACAGAAUUUGACAGGUUCCCAAACAACCUCAGACAAGUCUUCCCAACGACCAUCAGAGAAUAUGAACUGUAGCCCUACCCGGAAGAGGUCUUCAUCUGAAAGUACUUCUUCAACAGUGAACGGAAUUCCCUCUCGAAGUCCAAGAUUGGUUUCUUCUGGGGAUGACUCUGUGGAUAGUCUGUUGCAGCGGAUGGUACAACAUGAGGACCAAGAGCCCCUGGAGCAAAAUAUUGAUGCUGAGGUUGCAUCUGCCUCUGUGCCACCUUCCUGUAGUCCGGGCCAUAGCCACAGCAAGGAGCGAACCAUAGUGAAACCAGAUGGCCUUCUAGUGCCUGCAGUCCCCAGUGACUCUUGCAGUAAUAGCAUCUCACUCCUUUCUGAAAAGUUGCCAAGCAGCUGUUCCCCUCAUCAUAUUAAGAGAAGUAUAAUGGAAGCUAUGCAGCGCCAAGCUCGGAAAAUGUGCAAUUAUGAUAAAAUCUUGGCCACCAAGAAAAACUUGGACCAUGUCAAUAAAAUUUUAAAAGCCAAAAAACUUCAAAGACAAGCCAGGACAGGAAAUAACUUUGUAAAACGCAGACCAGGUCGACCUCGGAAAUGUCCCCUCCAAGCUGUGGUAUCAAUGCAAGCAUUCCAGGCUACCCAGUUUGUCAGCCCAGAAUUGAAUGAAGAUGAGGAAGGAACAGCACUACACCUUGGUCCUGAUACGGUUACAGAUGUCAUUGAAGCUGUUGUUCAGAGUAUAAACCUGAAUUCAGAACAUAAGAAGGGAUUGAAAAGGAAAAGCUGGCUUUUCGAAGAACAGGCCAAGAAAAAGCAGAGGCCAUUCCUAGAACAAGAAGAACAAGAGAAUACUAAAUGCUUUACUGAAGCAGCAGUUGAGAUUCCCAGUCCUCCUGAAACCCCAGCCAAACCUCUUGAACCUGAAAGCACCUUGCAACCCGUGCUUUCUCUCAUCCCAAGAGAAAAGAAGGUCCCACGUCCCCCAAAGAAGAAGUAUCAGAAAGCAGGACUGUAUUCUGAUGUUUACAAAACUACAGAUCCAAAGAGCCGAUUGAUUCAGUUAAAGAAAGAAAAGCUGGAAUACUCUCCAGGAGAGCAUGAAUAUGGAUUAUUUCCAGCCCCAAUCCAUGUUGGAAAGUACCUAAGGCAAAAAAGAAUUGACUUCCAGCUUCCUUAUGACAUCCUUUGGCAGUGGAAACAUAAUCAGCUAUACAAAAAGCCAGAUGUCCCACUAUAUAAAAAAAUUCGUUCAAAUGUCUACGUUGAUGUCAAACCCCUUUCUGGUUAUGAGGCUACCACCUGUAACUGUAAGAAGCCAGAUGAUGACACCAGGAAGGGCUGUGUGGAUGACUGCCUCAAUAGAAUGAUCUUUGCUGAGUGUUCCCCCAACACUUGCCCCUGUGGUGAGCAGUGCUGUAACCAGAGGAUACAGAGGCAUGAGUGGGUGCAGUGUCUAGAACGAUUUCGAGCUGAGGAAAAAGGUUGGGGAAUCAGAACCAAAGAACCCCUAAAAGCUGGGCAGUUCAUCAUUGAAUACCUAGGAGAGGUUGUCAGUGAACAGGAAUUCAGAAACAGGAUGAUUGAGCAGUAUCAUAAUCACAGUGACCACUAUUGUCUGAACCUGGAUAGCGGAAUGGUGAUUGACAGUUACCGCAUGGGAAAUGAGGCUCGAUUCAUCAACCACAGCUGUGACCCAAACUGUGAAAUGCAGAAAUGGUCUGUUAAUGGAGUAUACCGGAUUGGACUAUAUGCUCUUAAAGAUAUGCCAGCUGGUACAGAACUCACUUAUGAUUACAACUUUCAUUCCUUUAAUGUUGAAAAACAGCAACUGUGUAAGUGUGGCUUUGAGAAAUGUCGAGGAAUCAUCGGUGGCAAGAGUCAGCGUAUGAAUGGACUCACCAGCAGCAAAAGCAGCCACCACCCUAUAGCCACACAUAAAAAGUCUGGACGGUCAAAAGAAAAGAGGAAAUCGAAGCACAAGCUGAAAAAAAGGAGAGGCCAUCUCUCUGAGGAACCCAGUGAAAACAUGAACACUCCAACAAGACUGGCCCCCCAAUUACAGAUGAAGCCCAUGUCCAAUCGAGAAAGGAACUUUGUAUUAAAGCAUCAUGUGUUCUUGGUCCGAAACUGGGAGAAGAUUCGGCAGAAACAGGAGGAAGUAAAGCACACCAGUGAUAAUAUUCACUCAGCAUCAUUAUAUUCCCGCUGGAAUGGCAUCUGCCGAGAUGAUGGGAACAUCAAGUCUGACGUCUUCAUGACCCAGUUCUCCGCCCUGCAGACAGCCCGAUCUGUUCGAACAAGACGGCUGGCAGCUGCAGAGGAAAACAUUGAAGUGGCUCGAGCAGCCCGCCUCGCCCAGAUCUUCAAAGAGAUCUGUGAUGGUAUCAUCUCUUAUAAAGAUUCUUCCCAACAUGCAUUGGCAGCACCACUUUUGAACCUCCCCCCAAAGAAGAAGAAUGCUGAGUACUAUGAGAAGAUCUCUGAUCCCCUAGAUCUUUCUACCAUAGAGAAGCAGAUCCUCAUUGGUUAUUAUAAAACAGUGGAGGCUUUUGAUGCUGACAUGCUUAAGGUCUUUCGGAAUGCUGAGAAGUACUAUGGGCGUAAAUCCCCAAUUGGAAGAGAUGUUUGCCGCCUACGAAAGGCCUAUUAUAACGCUCGGCAUGAGGCAUCAGCCCAAAUUGAUGAGAUUGUGGGAGAAACAGCAAGUGAGGCAGACAGCAGUGAGACCUCAGUCUCUGAAAAGGAGAAUGGGCAUGAGAAGGAUGACGAUGUUAUCCGCUGUAUCUGUGGCCUCUACAAGGACGAAGGCCUCAUGAUCCAGUGUGACAAGUGCAUGGUGUGGCAGCACUGCGAUUGCAUGGGAUUGAACUCAGAUGUGGAGCACUACCUUUGUGAGCAGUGUGACCCAAGGCCUGUGGACAGAGAGGUACCCAUGAUCCCUCGGCCCCACUAUGCCCAACCUGGAUGUGUCUACUUCAUCUGUUUGCUCCGAGAUGACUUGCUUCUUCGUCAAGGUGACUGUGUAUAUCUGAUGAGGGAUAGUCGGCGCACGCCUGAUGGCCACCCAGUCCGUCAGUCCUAUCGACUGUUAUCUCACAUUAACAGAGAUAAACUUGACAUCUUCCGAAUUGAGAAGCUUUGGAAGAAUGAAAAAGAGGAACGGUUUGCCUUUGGCCACCAUUACUUCCGUCCCCAUGAAACCCACCAUUCUCCAUCCCGUCGGUUCUAUCACAAUGAGCUAUUCCGAGUGCCGCUCUAUGAGAUCAUUCCCUUGGAGGCUGUAGUGGGGACCUGCUGUGUGCUGGACCUUUAUACAUAUUGUAAAGGAAGACCCAAAGGAGUGAAGGAGCAAGAUGUGUACAUCUGUGACUAUCGGCUUGACAAGUCAGCACACCUGUUUUACAAGAUCCACCGGAACCGCUAUCCUGUCUGCACCAAAUCCUAUGCCUUUGAUCACUUCCCCAAGAAGCUCACUCCCAAAAGAGAUUUCUCUCCUCAUUAUGUCCCAGACAACUACAAGAGGAACGGAGGGCGAUCAUCCUGGAAGUCUGAGCGCUCAAAGGCACCCCUAAAAGACUUGGGCCAGGAGGACGAUGCUCUGCCCUUGAUUGAAGAGGUUCUGGCCAGUCAGGAGCAAGCAGCCAACGAGAUGGCCAGCCUGGAGGAGCCAGAACAGGAAGGGGCCACUGCCGAAGUCAGUGAGGGCGGGGAAAAAACAGAAGAGAGCAGUCAAGAAGCUCACCCAGCCUGUACCCCUGAGGAGCGACGGCAUAACCAGCGGGAACGACUCAACCAGAUCUUGCUCAAUCUCCUUGACAAAAUCCCUGGAAAAAAUGCCAUCGAUGUGACAUACUUGCUGGAGGAAGGAUCAGGCAGGAAACUGCGGAGGCGUACUCUGUUUAUCCCAGAAAACAGCUUUCGAAAGUGA